AUGCCACCAGUGCAGACUACCAACCUCCAGUCACUGGAUCCAGCUCAGACAACGAAGCACAGGAGAACGAGAAGUGGUUGUUUUACCUGCCGUAGUAGGAGGGUGAAGUGCGAUGAAACACGUCCUGUUUGCGACCGUUGUAGAAAAGGCAAUCGAGAAUGCGAGUUUCCUCAGAGCGCAUCCUCCGCUAAGAGGACCAAGAACGAACCGAAGAGCACGACAAGCGAGACUGCAUCAGAAAAGCUCGAGACUAUCAAGGACGAGAGUGAAACAGAAACCGAUGAGGAUGAAGAGGAGGAAGACCCAUCAGCCUCUGCGACUUCAAAGGUCAAUCAGCGAAAACUUGAGUCAGCUCAAGGAAGGGGCCAGAGUCGCAAUAAUCCCUCGCGAUCUCAACGGCAACGUCAGCAAUCAAAUGCUUCAGCGCGUACAUACGAACAACCCGGGACGCCUUCUACAGACACAUCUGCUCAUGAGGCCCCACUUUCACCAGCUUUGCAAUGUCCCAGUCCCCUGCGAAAAUGGAGACAAAUCAAGCCAGACCUGAAACCUGAAAUCGAGACCUAUUUGCGAUUUCAACAUGACUACAUGACGUUUUGUCACUACCUUUUCAAGAUCGACCCUGAAGAUUUCGUUCACAAAGAACUCAUCGAUCUGGCGCUGCAGUUUGAGCCCCUGCUUUACGCUGUGGUAGCAUUCGCUGCAUACCAUUUUGCGGUACGCCUACCAGAACCACAAGCUGACUUCAACUCUUUCUGGAAGUAUUACUGCAAGUCUAUCGUCACAUUGCGCAAACACCUGGAAACGACUGGAAGUAGAGACGAUCUGGUACUGCUGACUGUACUGCAGCUUGCUACCUUCGAAGAAUACAUGGGAGACUGGACCAAUCUCGCCACACAUCACCGCGCCGCCAAUGGCAUCCUCACUUCGAAUUAUACCCCUCAAACGAUAAUGAAGACUGACAGAAGUCGGAAGAUAUUUGAUUGGUACAUAAGAAUGGACGUUAUCGCAGGCUUGAUGGCUAUGCGCGACAUCAGUCUCGAUCGGUCAUGGCUUGAUCAUGCUAUGAAAUGGCAUGACGAACGAUGCAUUGAAGAAGAUGACGACAACACAGACAACAAACUGAUCUAUUUCAGUAAAGGCAUGGAAGUUAUGGGUUACGAUAUUGCACAUACCUUCACACAAGCUAACGAGUUGCUGGAAAAAGGCAUCUCAACGAUCGACACAGUCUUGAACCAAGCGAAUGAGCUGUAUGUUCGGCUCGACAAGAUGAGGCGUCGCAUCCAACAGCUCAACGACCCUGCCUUUUCGGGCAUCGAGCCGAAUACACCACGAGACGAGGAUGAUGCAUUUGACCCAAACAUACCUCUAUUCAGAGACGCGUUGUGGCCACUCAAUUACAUUUGGCUCGAUUGGUAUGGCAUUCUCAUCAUGCUGAAGCAGCAAACCUUGCUAGCGAUUCUUAAGGCACAACGUCUGCAAGCAGAGUUGCGUCUUGAAGUCAAAACAAACGAGAAUUUGCAACGACAAGCGGCUCGUAUUCCGGCCGAGCUGAUGCAGUACUCCAAGAUUCAGUGCCAGAUCUACAACGCAAUCAGAAGUUCACCAAGUGCACCAGCAGGAGCAACACUCAUCUGCUAUGCCAGUCUCGGCCUCAGCGCAGUCUUUCUACCACGAGCUCCUCCCUCUGAGAACUCCAAGUACACCAUGUGGGCAAGACGGCAGCUUGCCAACAUAGAAAAACAAGGCUACGUUUGGCCUCCACACUUCAGGAAAGAGAUGGCACACAUAUGGCAGGACCCAGAGAUCGAGGACUGGUGGCUGCCAAAGGGAGAGGGCAAUACAAGAAUUAUCAGUGAGAUCCGGGCAGUCGUCCAAGAUCGUGUGGCAGCCGCCAUGAGCAGUCCAAACAAUGAUGGGCGCAACGAUCUACGUGAGAUCAAAGGACUUUUUGAGAAGAUGGAUAUCAACCGAGAACGACGAGGAUCUGCAACUGUCCUUGAUCCAAAUUAUGUGAACUCUGCAGCUGGCAUGGCUCAUGCUGCCAGCUUGGUCAGCACACCUGAAGACGGCGGUAGCAGUGCAGGCAGUGUAACUGGUUUCAGCCCUAGGAGUAUUGAUACAGAGAACGAGAAUAGCAAGUAUCGACGACGCAGGAAAUCGACACGAUCCAACGAUACGAACGACACACCUUCAACGCAGUCAACGAGUUUGGCAAGCAACCGUAUGAGCGGUAUUUGGGAAGAACAACCUCGAGCUGGGGGAUGA